UUUAUUUGCUUGUAUUAAAUAGUGCAUUUUCACUUGGAUAUUGCUCACUAUAUAAGGGGCUAACAUCUCUUCAUUCUUCAAACAUAGAGUUGGAGCUUCUAAAGAUGGAAAUCCACACAAAACCAGGGCAGCUGCCCUUACUAAUAUGUGCUCUGGCGAUUUGCUUCAUUGCCUCUCAAGUUGCAGCCUAUAAGCCUUACGUUUAUGCUUCCCCACCCCCACCACCAAAGAAAUACUACUACAGCUCACCUCCACCACCACCAUACCAAUACAAGUCACCACCACCUCCGAAACACGUAGAGCAUCCUGAAUAUACCUACAAGUCGCCACCCCCACCACCCAAGAAAUACUACUACAGCUCACCUCCGCCACCACCGUACAAGUACAAGUCACCACCACCUCCAAAACACGUUGAGCAUCCUCAAUAUACACAGCUCACUCCGCCACCACCGUACCAGUACAAAUCACCACCACCUCCGAAACACGUUGAACAUCCUAAAUAUACCUACAAGUCGCCGCCCCCACCACCCAAGAAAUACUACUACAGCUCACCUCCACCACCACCAUACCAGUACAAGUCACCACCACCUCCAAAACACGUAGAGCGUCCUGCAUAUACCUACAAGUCGCCACCCCCACCACCCAAGAAAUACUACUACAGCUCACCUCCGCCACCACCGUACCAGUACAAAUCACCACCACCUCCGAAACACGUUGAACAUCCUAAAUAUACCUACAAGUCGCCGCCCCCACCACCCAAGAAAUACUACUACAGCUCACCUCCACCACCACCAUACCAGUACAAGUCACCACCACCUCCAAAACACGUAGAGCGUCCUGCAUAUACCUACAAGUCGCCACCCCCACCACCCAAGAAAUACUACUACAGCUCACCUCCACCACCACCAUACCAGUACAAGUCACCACCACCUCCAAAACACGUAGAGCGUCCUGCAUAUACCUACAAGUCGCCACCCCCACCACCCAAGAAAUACUUGUCACCACCACCUCCGAAACACGUAGAGCAUCCUGAAUAUACCUACAAGUCGCCACCCCCACCACCCAAGAAAUACUACUACAGCUCACCUCCGCCACCACCGUACAAGUACAAGUCACCACCACCUCCAAAACACGUUGAGCAUCCUCAAUAUACCUACAAGUCGCCACCCCCACCACCCAAGAAAUACUACUACAGCUCACCUCCGCCACCACCGUACCAGUACAAAUCACCACCACCUCCAAAACACGUUGAGCAUCCUCAAUAUACCUACAAGUCGCCACCCCCACCACCCAAGAAAUACUACUACAGCUCACCUCCCCCACCACCAUACCAGUACAAGUCACCACCACCUCCGAAACAGGUAGAGCAUCCUGAAUAUACCUACAAGUCGCCACCUCCACCACCCAAGAAAUACUACUACAGCUCACCUCCGCCACCACCGUACCAGUACAAAUCACCACCACCUCCAAAACACGUUGAGCAUCCCGAAUAUACCUACAAGUCGCCGCCCCCACCACCCAAGAAAUACUAUUACAGCUCACCUCCACCACCACCAUACCAGUACAAGUCACCACCACCUCCGAAACAGGUAGAGCAUCCUGAAUAUACCUACAAGUCGCCACCUCCACCACCCAAGAAAUACUACUACAGCUCACCUCCGCCACCACCGUACCAGUACAAAUCACCACCACCCCCGCCACCACCGUACCAGUACAAAUCACCACCACCUCCAAAGCACGUUGAGCAUCCCGAAUAUACCUACAAAUCGCCGCCCCCACCACCCAAGAAAUACUUCUACAGCUCACCUCCGCCACCACCGUACCAGUACAAAUCACCACCACCUCCAAAACAUGUAGAGCAUCCCGAAUAUUCCUACAAAUCGCCACCCCCACCACCAAAGAAAUACUUUUACAGCUCACCUCCACCACCACCAUACCAAUAUAAGUCACCACCACCACCACCUAAACAUAUAGAACAUCCUGAAUAUUCCUACAAAUCUCCACCACCACCAUACCACUACCAAUCCCCGCCCCCACCUUCGCCAUCUCCACCUCCACCGUAUUACUAUACAUCUCCACCACCUCCAUCACCAUCCCCACCACCACCUUACUACUAAAAUUCACCUCUUCCUAAACACUACCAAGGAAGCCCCUUUGUUGUUCGCUUUUUGUGUUAGAAGCACCUGAUUUCAUGUGGAACUGGUCGUCUUCAAUCUCUUCAAUUGUUUCUUUAUCCUUUUGUAGUACAUGCGUCAAUAAGUGAGAGGUUCAAUGAGGUUCUUGCUUUGUGUGUUCUUUUCUUGAGGUUUCUUUGUAUCGAUCUGUCUUGUAUCAACAACUAAUCUAAAUUCAUUUAUAUCUUUGAAUUGAGAAUCCCAUGCAGUCAUCAUUUAA